CCCCUGGGAAAGUACAUAUCUGGGAGGCGCUCCCUGCCCGCUGCUCGCACUCCGUCGCCGCCCCGGCCCGCACCGCCCGGCCCCGCCGCCCGCCGGCAGCUCCGCGGGGCCGCGUCUGGCACUGCUCGGCUCCCACCCGUCCCGGUGCUGCUCCAGCUUUCCUUUCGGGUUCACUUCGUGCGGGGACGCGCCCUAGCCCACCGCCACCAUGGAUGCCAUCAAGAAGAAGAUGCAGAUGCUUAAACUGGACAAGGAGAAUGCCUUGGACAGAGCCGAGCAAGCCGAAGCGGACAAGAAGGCAGCAGAGGAGAGGAGCAAGCAGUUAGAGGAUGACAUUGUGCAAUUGGAAAAGCAAUUGCAUGUGACGGAGGAUACGAGGGACCAAGUGCUGGAAGAGCUACACAAGUCUGAGGAUAGCCUCCUCUCCGCAGAGGAGAAUGCUGCCAAGCUGGAGGACGAGCUGGUGGCUCUGCAAAAGAAGUUGAAGGGCACUGAGGAUGAGCUCGACAAAUACUCCGAGUCCCUUAAAGAUGCACAGGAAAAGUUGGAACUGGCUGACAAAAAGGCCACAGAUGCUGAGAGCGAAGUAGCUUCUCUGAACAGACGCAUCCAGCUGGUUGAGGAAGAGUUGGAUCGCGCUCAGGAGCGCUUGGCUACUGCCCUGCAGAAGCUUGAGGAGGCUGAGAAGGCUGCAGAUGAGAGUGAAAGAGGAAUGAAAGUUAUUGAAAAUAGAGCCCAGAAGGAUGAAGAGAAGAUGGAAAUCCAAGAGAUCCAGCUUAAAGAAGCUAAGCACAUUGCUGAAGAGGCCGACCGCAAGUAUGAAGAGGUAGCUCGUAAGCUUGUGAUCAUUGAGAGUGACCUGGAGCGAGCUGAGGAACGUGCUGAACUAUCAGAAAGCAAAUGUGCUGAGCUUGAAGAGGAGUUGAAAACUGUGACCAACAACCUGAAGUCGCUGGAGGCUCAGGCUGAGAAGUACUCACAGAAAGAAGACAAAUAUGAGGAGGAGAUCAAAGUCCUGACUGACAAACUGAAGGAGGCUGAGACCCGUGCUGAAUUUGCUGAGAGGUCAGUAACCAAGCUGGAGAAGAGCAUUGAUGACCUAGAAGAGAAAGUGGCGCAUGCCAAAGAAGAAAACCUUAAUAUGCAUCAGAUGCUGGAUCAAACUUUACUGGAGUUAAACAACAUGUGAAAACCUUCUUAGCAGCAACCACAUUAUUUGUUAUAUUAUUUUUACACCUGCUUGCCGCGAAGCCCCAUAAACAUGUCGUUAUUUUAGUUUCACCACAGUCACAAGAACAUCAGCUAAAUUAUCAGGCAGGGGUCAGGGAAACACCAAAAUGGGCAAGCCAUAUGCAGGUUAAGCUAAUACAUUACGGUUUAAAUGUGCCAUUUCCCAAGAAAAUGUUACCUACACUUUGUAGAGAGUUCAGUAAUUUGAUGUGCUUAGUCUUUUGAAGGACCCUGGCUGUCUGAAAGUGUCCCACCUCAAGUGCCACCACAACUUUUAACAAGAAUGAUGAUACAUAUUCAAAAGAGAUUAAGUGGAAAUGGUGCUAUUUUCAACAAAAGGUUUUACUAAAGUCUUUUGUGUGAUACCAGAUAAGUCAGGAGUAGUCAAGCAUAGUAAUUUAUUUUUAUCAGAAUUUUACUAAUCUGUGAGGAUUUGGACGUUCUGUGCCUUCUAAUUCAAUAAAACAAAGGUUAUGCAAGCAGCAGCAAAAAGCAAAGGCUUGUGAAGGUUUUAAAUUGUGUACUUCUGACUCAUUACAGAAGUGUAGGUCAACAUUUCACCUUGAGUAUUCGUUCAAUUGUAUUUUUCAUGUUGAAAUGAAAGAUUCAAUAAAUUCAGGAGAAAACUAAUUUGGAAGAGAUUGUUUUAAAAUGUAUUUUAUUUGUGUGGAGCUUGGGGAGGGGGUGGAAUUUAUAAAUCGAUAUUCGCCUCACUUUAUUUUUCACACUUUCUUUUGAGCAGUUUUAAAAGUAUACCUGUAUGUAAACAUUGUAUAAUGAUAUGGAAUAAAAUGCACAUUUUAGGACAUUUUUUAAAUUUUACUCUACUGUGAUUUGUUUUUCAUCAUAUUAGUUACCUGUCUGUGUAUUGCUGUGUAAAAUAUGCACAAGUGUGCUGGGUGUCAUUGAGAUGCAUCAUUACCACAUUGGCUUUCGGUUUCUCCUUUGCUAUCAGGUUAAUGUAUAAAAGUAUAAAAACACAAACAAAUGCAGUGGUUUGGACUUGCAUGGACUUGCAGCUGCUUAAAAGGGCCAUUUGAGAACUGUACUGCAGGAAUCUAUCCCUGUCACCUGAUUGUACUCCCAGAUGGGUGCAGACAGCAACCACCACUCAAGGGACGACAAGAAUUUCAAAAAUUACUACUUGUUGAUCAAAACUGUUUUCAGUAGAAGCACUGUGUGACAUCAUUGGCUUCUGUUGGAAAGUGAGCCCUAACAGCUGUGUUCUUCGAAAUGCUACCCUGUACUUGUUCAUCUUAAUUGUUAAUAUGUAUUAAUUUACUUUGACAAUGGUGAUAAACUUUUCAAAAUGA